GUGCCCGAGGAGUCCCCAAAGAUUCUAUUUCAUUAAUGGAAAAGCAGAAGAUUGACUGUGAUGUCAUAGCGCUGAUGGAUCAUUCAACUCUGGCAAACUUCAUCCCCUCCUAUGGAGACCGAAUUGCCCUCUUCCAUUUCUGCAGCAGCAAAAGAUCAUCCUCGAAAAGAAAACGAGGAGUUCUGCAGAGGUUAAGUGAGGAAAUGAAAAACAAAGGGGAAAUUUCAACCGAGAACACUUCACCUGAACGAACAAGGCAGCGAAAGAAGCAAAAAGCAUCACGAAAUGUGGAGAUUGGAUGGAUCCAUAGUGAUGGGGAAGUACCCAAAGAGGUGAGAGCGAAGCAGGGAGGUGGCACUAGAAAAAUUCAGAUGGCCACUGAUGCCGGAUUAAAAGAUAUUCUUCAGGAAGGAAAGAAACUAUUUUUCCCUGAUGGCAUAUCACCUAAGGGACCUGAAACAGAUUUUGAAUUUGAGGUUUGGGACUUUAAACUGAACCACCUUACUGAAGACACCUGCCAGAGUAUUGGCACUAUGUAUGAAGCAGCGAGGCUGACAACUCUGCGCUUCUACAUUUCAACAAAGCUGAGAGAUCCCGAAGAAGAUGAAAGUCAGAAAUCUGAUGUCAUAUUUGUCUUGGAAAGCAAUAGCAGUGAAAUUAAUCCUUUGCAAGGGGUGGAACUCAGGAAGAGUUAUGUUGAAGUCCAACCUGAUUCAGACCUUUCAGAUGAUUCAGAAAUAACUUUCGGCCCCAAAUCUGAUGAUGAAGAAGAUUCAGCAGACACAAUAAUCUAUGAGGGUUCUCCUGCACCGCUCAAUCCAGCUAAUCCAGAGGAUGAAACAACAAUCACUGUACGUCACACUAACACUUUAAAUGACAUUAUUAGUGCUUUCUCUGAUGCUGAAAUUAUGAGAAAGACACUGAAAGUGAAGCGCAUACUUCCAGACAACAAAGAGGAAGCUGGUAGUGGAUCGGAAAUACUGAGAAAUGUACUCUCCUGCUUCUGGAAUGAAUUCUAUAAGCGAUGCACUCUUGGUACAACAGUCAAAGUGCCAUUCAUUCGCCAUGAUUUUACCGCUGAGAAAUGGAAGGCAGUUGGGCGAAUACUUUUGAAAGGAUACCACGACUGUCAAUAUUUUCCAAAUAAACUUGCAAUCCCCUUUCUUGAACAAGUGCUUUUCGGUGCUGUUAAAAGUGAUCUUCAAGGACACUUUCUGCAGUUUGUCAGCAGCCAAGAAUGUGAGGUUUUAAGAGAAGCAGUCAAGAACUUUUCUGCUGUUGACUUAGAUGAUCUUUUGGAAGUUCUUGAUAGUUAUAGCUGUAAAAAACAAAUAACUGCUGAGAAUCUUUACACCAUCAUAGAUGAAAUAGCACAUAAAGAGCUUGUCCAAAAACCAAUGUUCGUUAUUUGCUGCUGGCAGGAGGUCAUCAAUCCACAUCUUUCUAUUACUCCAGAGGCACUAAUUAAGUUGUUCUCUGACCUGCAACCAACACCAAGAAAAGUCUGCCAACUGCUGAAAUUUGCAGAGGAUUUGUCUCCCAUGCAAAAAAAAGUGGGGAACUAUCUCAAAAGAUUCAUCAAAGAGCUGGAUGACAUUAAAAUUCAUAAGUUUAUGCAAUACUGCACCGGAUCUGAUCUUAUAGUAAUAGAUAGUAUUUAUGUGGAAUUUCAAGAUAUGACAGAUUUCACAAGGCGACCAGUGGGACACACAUGUGGGAGCAUUCUACAAAUAGCUAACAGCUACGAAAACUUCCCUGACUUCCGUUCUGAAUUUAAUGCAGUUCUUGAAAGCAAUGUAUGGGUAAUGGAAAUUGUCUAGACUCACAAUGUAAACCACUACAUUUGAACUACUUAUGCAGACUACUGCAGGGCAGCAAAAAGACAAAGAUUAUACCUUUGAACUCAUAAAAAUGUCUCCUGUUCUAACAAAAAGGAUCAUUUACCCAUUUGUACCUGAAAACCAGUUUAGGCUCAAAUAUUCCAGUUUCUUUCAUUAUGCUUAUUUUCAGAUCCUAGAGUUGAAAUUGUCAAGAAUGAAUUAGUACACCGUUUAUUACUAUAACCAGAGCUGUCUUCACCAGAUCCAGGUUCUCCGGCUGCACGAUAGAAACCCUAAGCAGCAAAAAGAAAAGUAAUUACUAGAGCUCUAUAAAUUUUUAUGAAAAUUUUACUUUGUUUUCUUGACUAUACCAGAUUUUUUGUGACAGUUUGACACAAUCAGACUCUUUUAAGUAAGGAGUAAUAAUAAAUAAUCCAGGUUUAGUUUUCUUUACAUCUUAUCAAAUUGUUAGUUAAGGUAAGAUGAUGUAUCACAUUUCUUUU